CCAGGUCCUGAAGCUAGGACAGUCUUUGUUAAGUUGUAGAUAUAAUUUUAAUUAUUUACUUAUUUACUUUACCUCUUUUUAAUGCAACAUAAACGUCAACUGAUUUUAUGGUUAUUCAUUUGUUCUUGUCAAAUAAUUUAUAAUAUCUAUAUUAGAAAGUUUUAGAAUAGAAAUUUUUCAAAAAAUAUGAAGAAAUCACUGGAAAAAAUUUCCUUAGAGAAAUCCUCAUCUAAAUCGGGAAACUUAUUUUCUGUCAAACGUUAUUUUGUUAACAACUUGGACUCGUAUCAUAGCCAAUACGUGUUAAAGGAACUUUUUAAAAUAUUAGACAAAUAUGCCACUCCAAAUUCUAGGGAGACAUCUCAAACUGUUAUUGGAGAGGACGCCGAACCUCUGUUGCGGCUGCCACCUGAACAACCGUACGAAAUUAUAGGUACUGUUAGUGAUGUAAAAGUCAAAAGUCUGGACAAUGUUGCCCGUAUAAUUCCAAAAGCCAAAUGUCUACCCGAAAUGCUUACAUGUGGAACUGUAAUUUUGGAUAUAAGCAGCGAUAGAGAUGAGUUGAAUAUGGUUUUAGAUUACGUGAAAAUACUGAAGGAUUUAUUUGAAAAACAAACGCUGGCAAAUCGAACAUCCUCGGAUGUGGGGGACGGGGGAGGACAAUCGAAAAGGCGAUAUUUAAUAUUAAUUUCUUCAGUUAUGACAUGGGCUGCUACGAAACCAUUGGAUCCGGAUACUCCAGACAUGCCAUUUAUAGAAACUGAUUUCCGUAAAAGGAAGCCUCAUCCUAAUUAUAAAAUGCAUUAUGAUAUUGAAAAUGAAAUAGUUGCGAUUGCCAGAAAAUACAAGUCACAAAUUGGCGCGGUGGUGGUCAACGCUGGUGUAACUUACGGUGGCCGUGAGGAUGUCCUCUUCUACUGGUUUCAGAAGGCCUGGGAGUGUGAAAGAAUUUUACCAAUACUUGGUCGUGGUGGAAAUGCAAUACCACUCAUUAAUGUACUCGAUUUAGCGCAAAUAAUAUACAACUUGGUUAUAGACUUUCCGAAAAAGCUUUACAUUUUAGCGGUUGAACAAAAUGUUACGAAGCAAAGAGAGAUAGUGAAACCACUUGGUCGAAUUGUGGGAUCAGGAAUGUUUAAAUGUAUACCACCGGAAGACGCUUUUUUGAUUCCAGAAAUUAACCAAAGAAUUUACGAUCUGAUGACUCUUAAUUUAAAUAUGGAGCCAACGUUCAUUGUGGAGACAAUGGGUCUGCAGUGGACUUCGGAGUUAUCCUUCGCUGAGAAUAUACCUGCGCUUAUAAAACAAUUUAAAAAAGAGAGAGGACUGAAACCUUUUAAAGUUAUAAUUUAUGGUCCACCAAUCGUGGGAAAGACAACAUUGUCCAAGCUGAUAUGUAAGGCCUAUGGAUUAAUAUAUAUAUCGCCAGAGACAGUAGCACAGGAUAUUUUAGAAGACCUUGCUUGGCGAGUAAGACACUGGGAGGUUGAGGAGACAGCCGCACUUGGAAUGUCCGUUGGAAAUGAUGAGGAUCCUGCUUUGGCAGACGAUGAUGAUACUGGCGAAGAAGAAGGCGUACAAGAGGCAACCAAGCAGACAUUAGCCAUACUGCAAUCUGGCCGAUUACUAACGGAUAAUGAAGUCAUGGGGUAUUUACGUCAAAGACUUCUUAGUCGGGAAGCUCUUAAUCGAGGAUGGGUUCUUGAUGGAUUUCCUACCUCUAUGACUCAAUGUGUAGCACUUUUCGAUAAAGGCGAAGAACAAGACUCCGAUGCAGAAGAAGAAAACGAAGAACAAGAAUUCGACGAAGAUGUAAAUUUAUUCAAUAACCUUUUGAAAAAGCUACUUCCUGAUAUUGUAGUCUCGUUAGAAGCAACAGACGAUUUUAUAUGUGAAAAAGUAAUGCGUCAGCCAGAAGGUGAUUCACGCUUGAACGAAGAAGCCGUACUAAAACGGCUAAGCGAGUUCAGGGCUGGAGACGCCAGAGACAUAACACCUCUGAAUUUUUUUGAUGAACUAGACAUACAUCCGCUUGUCGUAACUGUAAAAGAUCAUUUAGACUAUGCUAUGCAGGGAUCUUAUGCUGCUGUUGCUCUGCGAAUGGGAAGACCAUGCCGCUAUGGUAAACUUAUCGCGCUUAUUGAAGCCGCAGAAAAGAAAGAAAGAGAGGAAUUGGAAACAUUGCGUGCUAAAGAAGCUAAAGCAUUAAAAGAGUUGGAGAAAAAACUGAAAGAAGAACGCGAAGAAAAAAUGGAAUAUUGGUCUGAGUUAUACGCUUUAAUGCGCGAAGAAGAAGAAGCAGCUCUAGCUGCGGCAGGAGAGCUAAUGCGUAAUUAUUUAGUACGUUAUAUAUUUCCGACAUUAACACCAGCUCUCCUUGAAGUGGCUAAACUGAGGCCUGAGGAUCCCAUUGAUUUCCUUGCUGAAUACUUAUUCAAGUUGAAUCCAAGUGGAAAAAUGCUUGAACCAGGUUACAAUCUACAAGCUGAGAGACUGUUAGGAAAGAUUAAAAUAGUUGAUGAUGCACUUAAAGAGUUAGACAUUAAAAUAGACCCACUUCUGCCACCAGAAGCGGGUGUUGAUGAAGUUUAUAAUUCAAAGAAAAAUAUUAACAGAAUGAGUGCCCUUUAAUUGAAAAAAAAAAAAAACACAAGUAAUCUGCUAACUACCUGUAGUAAUUAUGUCACGCUUUUAAUACUCGUAUAAUGUAUGGAGUGUUUUGUUUAGUAUUUCAAUGUUUAUUUAUUUAUAAAUCUUUAAUACACUUAAAAAGUGUAAAUGGCGGACUUAAUAUCAUACGGCGAUGUUAUAGGUAGUUAUUUUAUUAAAGGUAUGUUAGGUAUCUGUUUACUUAUUUAUGAAAUGGGCUGUAUGUACAUACAUAAUUUGUUAUGAUUUCACUGAUGUUAUCUGUCUGUAUAGAAUAGAAUCGAUGACACAUAUGCGUACUAUGGGAGUAUAUUCAAUAUACCUACAUACUUACAACCUUUAUCUGUUUUAUAUCCCACAUGUUUUGUUAUUGAGAGGAGAGAUAAUAAAAAUACGUUUAUGAUAAUUACCUUGUUUACAAUAAUUUUAUGUAAUAUAAUAAUCGUUAGGUAUGUAAAUUAUGUACUACUAGACGUUUUCCACGGUUUUGCCCAUGUGAAUUAGUAUAAAUAUUAAGUAUCCUAUGUUAAGUUAGGAUAUAACCUACUUGUACCACAUUUCAUAACAUUCAAACCGAAGAGGAGGGAGGGAAGGGACUAGUCUCCAUUACUAACAAUGGAGAGUAGCAAUCCCAUUGUUAGCAACAAACCCUAUUAGAUCAACCUCCACGCGGUUCCCCUUGAUCAAUGAUGAAACUAUAGUGAUUAAUGCUUCAUCGUUAUCCAUCAUCCCUCACUGAUA